UUCUUUCACUGCACGUUAUCUCCUCCCCGCAAACGCUUCGCUCUAAGAGAAACACAGAGCUAAGAGGAGGAGAGAAAACAAAUAAAAAUAAAAAUAAAACGAAACAUUUGUGUUGCAGUGGAAGCUUUGAUAAAAGAUUCGUAGAGAGUGAGCAAUAUAUAGAAAAUUAAUCAAAGGGAGAUGACCACGACAGGCUCACUAAUGAACAAUCUUUUGGGACUCCUUAGAAUCCGCAUCAAACGAGGCGUCAACCUCGCCGUCCGUGACAUCAAUAGCAGCGACCCUUACGUCGUUGUCAAAAUGGGCAAACAGAAAUUGAAGACUCGUGUUAUCAACAAAGACGUAAAUCCAGAAUGGAAUGAAGAUCUGACUCUCUCCGUCACAGACCCCACUCUUACCGUCCUCUUGACGGUGUACGACCACGACAUGUUUAGCAAGGACGACAAGAUGGGUGAUGCAGAGUUCGAGAUAAAGCCGUAUAUUGAGGCUUUAAAAAUGCACCUUGACGGUCUUCCUAGUGGAACCAUUGUCACCACGGUUCAGCCCUGUCGUCGCAACUGUCUAGCUGAGGAGUCUAAAGUCACUUGGGUCGACGGUAAGCUCGUUCAGGAUCUCGUUCUCAGAUUACGUCACGUUGAAUGUGGAGAGGUCGAGGCUCAGCUUCAGUGGAUUGACCUCCCUGGCUCCAAGGGUCUAUGAAUUACUUUUUCUUUAUUAAUCAUCUUUACUUUUUGAGAAUUAAAAGUCAAAAUCAAAAGUAAGAACAUACCCAUCUUGAAGUAGAAAACGCAUAUUAAUCCAUGCAUGAGAGUAUGAGGAUUAAGAGCGUUGAGUGAUGUUUUGUUCCCAAAUGGUGAUCGAGUCCUAUAUAUUGUCCAUGUAUAUUUGGUUAGCUAUGUGCCUCGAAUAAAUCCUUUGAUUGACACGAACAA